AGGUAUUUAAAUAUGUUAUUUUACUCUUUCUUUAAAUCCUUAGUUGGUAAGGAUGUGAUAGUUGAACUAAAAAAUGAUUUAAAUAUAUGUGGUACUCUACAUUCAGUAGAUCAAUAUUUAAAUAUCAAGUUAGUUGAUGUAAGUGUGACAGAUCCUGAAAAAUAUCCACAUAUGUUAUCCGUCAAAAAUUGCUUUAUCCGCGGAUCCGUUGUCAGGUACGUUCAAUUACCUUACGAUGACGUAGACACAACGUUAUUACAAGACGCUACUAGGAAAGAAGCCACUGCGACUCAUAAAUAAAUUAUAUUUUUUAAAAAAAAAUAGAAGUCUAUUUCGGUCUUAUUAUAUUAAAUAUGUAUUAUAUUUCUUGUAAUCAAAUCACACGUUCCAUUAUAUUGUUUUUUUAGAGGAGUUUUAUUUUUGUAUUUAACAUUUGUAAUUUGAUAAAAUAUGUUGUACUUAUUGAUACCAAAAAAAAGUAAAUAAA